UUUCUGCAAGUAAAAAAGAACAGUUUUUUUACAAUGGGACGUUGGAUGAAGCCUGAGGUGUACCCUCUGGUAGGUGCAAUGGCCUUUGUGACAAGCAUGUGUGUAUUUCAGCUUACGAGGAAUGUUUUCUUAAAUCCUGCUGUCAGGAUCAACAAAUCGGAUCGUAGCAAGGCAGUGCUAGAGAACUAUGAGGAAGGAGAAAAAUACGCAGAACAUGGACUUCGAAAAUUCCUUCGAACUCGUCCCCCAGAAAUAAUGCCGGCCAUUAAAAUCAAUUAUAUCUUCUCCGCCUGCCUUACAUGA